CAGGAAGUUUUUUUUUUGGUUGUUUUCCUGAGAACAUUUUCUGCUUUUUCGGACAGCAGGGAUUUCUGAUAUACCUAUCUUGGACUUCAUCAAAUCUCAGAUGCUGGUGUUUCUUUGAUGUUGGAAGAUACUCUUGCAUUUUGAAGGUUCAGUGAAAACACUCAUCUGAAUUUCAGCAAAGAGGAAAAGGAGAAAAAUCAUUUGGUGCUGUUCCCAGGGUUUUUCCCCCCUUCCUCACCAUUUUAUCCCAGAGGCACUGCUAAUGUUGUGGAUGACCUUGGCCUUGAAUCCAGCUGCUACUGGCUCUAUGAAACACAGAGGAAGCUUCUGGCAGCUUCUCACAGAAACCAGACCUGUAGUCCCCCUGCUACCAAAACCUCACCAUGCAAACCCAAUACAAUGGACAGUAUAAUUCCUCAGAAUUCUUGGCUUAUUGGAAAAAUGGACUCUUUGUGCUAUAGCAAGGACAAAGCUGAUAAUCUGACCCUGAGAGGGUGGAUGGCAAUGUCCAGGUCUUUGGGGUGUGGAGAAUAUCCUUUGAGUGAAGAGGUUGUUUUUGCACCAGUUCCUGUGAGGGUGGUUUUAUUGGAGUUUUGUUCCCAAAUUUGUGUGAACUUGGGAUGUGUAGAAACAGCAGAUGGAUGUUCUCCUUUAUUUUAAUGUUUGUUCUCCUUUAUUCAUAAAUGCAUGGAUGUUGGUUUGUACUAGUUUUGUAUUUUUUCGUGAUUGUUAAGAAAUUUGUAUUUCUUAACAUCUAUGUGGUUGUAACAUACGAGUGGCAUCCCGGCCAUUAUAAGAGAAUUAAUUUAUAUUUGACUGAGUCAAUAAUUCCAGUUAAGGAAUGGGAGUGAAGAUGAUUGGUAAGAACUGAAAACAGGAGUAUGUAAAAAUAUUUUUUUACUACAUAGAUUUUAUUUUGAAGUUUAUUUUCACAAUAAAAAAGCAACUUCAACCAUUCAACAGCUUCAUUAAAUUUAAUGUAUUUUUUCCAUAGGGCUGGACUCAUCAGUGGGACAUAUUGAACAGAAAACAAAGAUAUGCUUCUGUGUUUCUGUAAAAAACCAAGAUAAAGCUGGAUAGCAUAAUGAGAUCCCUCAUAAAUAUCUAUGUCUUAACUUGUGCCUUUACAUUCACACUAUGGGAUAAUAUUCAGUCAACUGUAGAAGAUGAAUUUAUUGCAAAUUAUUCAAGCCGUUUGCUAACUAAUGUUCCAAAAAACAUUCCAGUCCGUACUCAAGUAUUAGAUUUAUCACAUAACAGGAUCUCUGGACUUAGUAUCUCAGAAUUUAUUCAUCUUUCUGACCUUCAAAUAUUAUAUAUUUCUCAUAAUCUAAUUACGAUGCUUGACUUUAGUGUCUUCAUUUUUAAUGAAAAUUUAGAAUACUUAGAUUUAUCUCAUAAUAACAUUUCAAAAGUUUCCUGUCUAACUCUUGCAUAUCUUAGACAUUUAGACCUUUCUUUCAAUAAGUUUACUGCCCUGCCCAUCUGUCAGGAAUUUGGGAACAUGUUUCAUUUGGAGUACCUUGGAUUAAGUGCUACGAUGAUACGAAUGUCAGACUUCAGGUAUAUCAAACAUUUGCAGCUGCACACUGUCUUCCUGAACUUGGGAAACUUUUCACUGUAUGAGCCUCAGAGUCUGACAGUCUUGACUACAAGGAACCUCCACAUUGCUUUUGCAGCAAACCAAAACUUCAUUUUCCCUCUCCUGUACGAUGGAUUGAGCACUUCAGAAAACUUAAUAAUAGUUAACUUAAGAUAUACCUCGAGUUACAAAGAUUUCCCCUCUCCACCUUUAAUGCUUCUGAAGAAAAUCAAGACAACAACUCUCACACUUGAUGCUGUGGACUUACAAUGGCCUAUCAUCCUGCAAAUUUUCAUGCUUAUUUGGUAUUCACCUGUGGAACAUUUGACUGUGAGAAAUUUGACUUUUAGGGGACCACUGGAGGAGCCAACUGAAUAUGCAUUUCUACCCUUAUUAAGCUCUGUGGAACAAUUAAUCUCUUUGGAUGGCUCCAUGAAAGCAUUAACUUUGGAGCAUGUUCGUAAUAAGGUUUAUUAUUUCAACCAGGAGAUUCUAUAUAGACAGUUUUCAGAGAUGAAUAUUGCCAAUUUGACAAUAGCUGAUGCAUAUAUGCCACACAUGCUUUGCCCCAAUAGAACAAGCUCAUUUCAGUAUAUAAAUUUUUCUCGCAAUGCCCUGACAGAUGAGUUGUUCCAGAACUGUGGCACUCUCAUGGAUCUGAAAUUACUUAUUUUGCAGAAGAAUAAAUUUGAGAGCCUUCGCAAAGUAAGCUUCAUGACCAGCCGUAUGAAAUCGCUGAAAUACCUGGACAUGAGCAGCAACCUGCUGCGCCACGAUGGGGCCGGCGAGCAAUGCCAGUGGGCUGAGUCUCUGUCAGAGCUGGACCUGUCCUCCAAUCAGUUGGUGGAUGCUGUGUUUGAGUGCUUGCCAGUCAACGUCAAAAAGCUCAGCCUACAAAACAAUCAGAUCAGCAACGUGCCCAGCGGGGUGGCGGAGCUGAAAUCCUUGGAAGAGCUGAACCUGGCAUCGAACAGGCUGGCCGACCUGCCGGAGUGCAGCGGCUUCACGUCCCUGCAGUUCCUGAACGUCGAGAUGAAUUCGAUCCUCACUCCAUCCGCUGACUUCUUCCAGAGCUGCCCAAGGGUCAGGGAGCUGCAGGCCGGGCACAACCCGUUCAAGUGCUCCUGUGAGCUGCAAGCCUUCAUCCGCCUGGAGAGGCGGUCAGGGGGGAAGCUGUCUGGCUGGCCGGCGGCGUACGUGUGCGAGUACCCAGAAGGCUUGCGAGGAACGGAGCUCAAGGACUUCCACCUGAGCCUGCUGGCUUGCAACACGACGCUCCUGCUUGUGACAGCUCUGCUGCUGACGCUGCUGCUGGUGGCUGCGGUGGCCUUCCUGUGCAUCUACCUGGAUGUGCCGUGGUACGCGCGGAUGACGUGGCAGUGGACGCAGACGAAGCGCAGAGCUUGGCACAACCCCCCCGGAGAUCAGGGGGCCGCUCUGCAAUUCCACGCGUUCAUUUCCUACAGCGAGCGCGAUUCGCUGUGGGUGAAGAGCGAGCUGAUGCCAAACCUGGAGAAGGGGGAGGGCUGCGUGCAGCUGUGCCAGCACGAGAGAAACUUUAUCCCUGGCAAGAGCAUUGUGGAGAACAUCAUCAACUGCAUUGAGAAGAGCUACAAGUCGAUCUUUGUGUUGUCUCCCAACUUUGUGCAGAGCGAGUGGUGUCACUAUGAGCUGUACUUUGCCCAUCACAAGUUAUUCAGUGAGAAUUCCAACAGCUUAAUCCUCAUUUUACUGGAGCCAAUCCCUCCGUACCUUAUCCCUGCCAGGUAUCACAAGCUGAAAGCUCUCAUGGCAAAGCGCACCUACAUGGAGUGGCCGAAGGAGAGGAGCAAGCGCGCCCUGUUCUGGGCUAACCUCAGGGCAGCCAUUAGCAUUAACCUGCCAAUAUCCAGUGAAGCAAAUGAGUAGGAGAGUGAUGUCACACCUACUUGUAACAUAAGAAUGUGAAUAACUGACUUGACUUUUUU